AUGGAGACACGGUCUGUUAUCGUUUUACUCCUCCUGGUAUCUCUAUCAUCAGCUGAUUUGAUUCAAACCCGUGCGAAACGACAGUGGGGAGGAUGGGGAGGGGGUCCAGGAGGUGGAUGGCAACAACCCGGAUGGCAGCAGAAUAGCUGGAAUAAUAAUAGGAAUAGGAAUAAGAUUGCUGCUCAACAGCAACAGUAUAAUUGCCAAACAUCCGGAAUUAACCUGAUCGGUCUCCCGAUCAGCAGUUAUAACUGUCAGAAUUCUGGAAUGUCCGCCCGAGUAAACACACUACAGACAAGCCAACAAAACCAAGGAAUGCUCCAAGGCCCACUUGCAGGAUUCGGAGGAUUAUUGAACAAUUUUAUGGGAUGA